AUGGAGGCUCACGACAAUUCUUGCGAUCUGGAGCCACUUGAUUCCGUUCGCUUUCCAUGGCUUUUCUGGGGCGACAAGAAAGUCGCUCGGAACGAGAAGCUGCUGAGACGACAGAAGAUCGUGUAUAUAAUUAACUGCACCCCGCCUUGUGGCGAAGGCGGCGUGCCAAACUUUCACGAGCGCCUCACUCGAGGCUCUCGCCUUGCCUUCAGGUACUUGCGGGUUCCGAUCUUUGACACCCAAGCCGAGACGUUACAACCGUACUUCCAGAAUGUGUGGGAGUUUAUGGAAACUUGCCGCACGCGAGAGGACGGCAACCUUCUGAUUCAUUGCAGCCAGGGAGUUUCGCGGUCUGUUGCGUUCAUUUGCUCUUACUUGAUAAAGUAUGAGGACAUGUCUUCGGACGAGGCGCUUGCCUUCGUCCGUCGCCGAAACCCCCUGGCGAGGCCAAAUGAGUCAUUUCGCGCUCAACUCGCCAGUCUUCACGAAUGCGUGAAAAAAGAGCCGCGUUAUCUUAAUAUGGAGCACCGGCCGGCUCAAGGAGGAUGGGUGCCUCCUGCUUCAUCGACUCGCAAGAGGGUGGUGUCUUAUUCCUUGCCUAGUAAACAGCCGCAGCCCAAAGUGGCGCGGCUAAUUGGCCCUGCUCGGCCUCCUGUCCCGAGUGCAGCUUUCCCGGCCGCUGACACGGGGAAAGGGCAUUUGUGUCUGGAGACGAACACGAAGACAGCCCCAAGCAGCUCUUUUUCUUCCCUCGGCAGCAGCUCAUCUCCCGAAGACUCUGCUGAAGGCGAGCGAGCUGUCAGUGUCGAGAAAGAGACUGCUACUGAAGAGGUGCAAUCGACAGCAGCCGGGAGGACCUGCGAGGACUCCAGGACUGAGGCAGAUGGGACCAACUCGCGAACGGGCACUCCUCGUUCACUCCAGGACUCCACUGUUCCAUCUCCUUCAGACAAAAGCAAUUGCGAUUGCACACCGGUGCCUUCUGCUGACGAAUGCCACGAACAGCUCGGGUGCAAAGACACCCCGUUUCGUGAGGCCCGUCAGGGUGUUGAUGCAUUUGUAUCCUCCGCCCCAAGACAGCCCGUGCAGCAGCUGGAAUGUGCAAACUGCACACGACUUUCGGAUAGAGAGUUGAAAGCGCGGUGCCCUGAUGUGCAAGAAGUUGCAGAAGAUGGACAGGAGCGUCGCGAGCCUGUUCCUGACUCGUGUGGAACAGCUGGCGACCAGCAGGGGGCCGCGGGCCAAGAAGACGCAUGCAGAAAGCAGGAGUCGCUGCUUUUGAACGACGCAGACCGCAGCAACGUGAUUAGCCGCGCGUGCGAAGCACCAGCAUGGACUGUGCGGCCAUUUGCAGAGGCGUCAGACAACUGCCAGGGAGUUGUCAGCCGCGGUACAGUCCGGGCGGCUGUCAGUGCGCUUUGA